CUGCAUCUCGCCCCGCCUACUUCCGGUGACGUCACGAUGUAAACACGGAAGUGCGCUGGUUCUUUGAACACAGGUGGCGCCAGUUAGCUGCUGCUGCUAAAACUCUCAAGUUAAAGGUCCAGAAGGGAUGCCAGCUUCGGAACCGGUUCCACGGGUCCGGUUGGGUCGGAAACGAGCCCUGCCCUCCUGCCCGAACCCGCUGUUCCUCCAGUGGCUCACUGAGCUCCGAGACGAGGCCAAAGAGAAGAAACUGAAGAUCCAGUACACCUACCAGAAGGCCAUCAGCUCCUUGAAUAAGUAUCCAUUACCGCUUGAAAACGCCAAAGAGGCAAAGAUCCUGCAGAACUUUGGAGACGGCAUCUGUAAAAUACUGGAUGACAAACUGCAACGAUACCGUAGAGACAACGGUUCAGACGCUCCUAUUCACUCUCUCCCUGAAGGAGCGCCGCCUCCUGGCAGACCGGACAACAACAGCCUGGCUCCCUCCAGAAAGAAGAAUGCAGCAGGGGAUCAAGGGAAAGACAAAGGAGGAAGAGGAGGAGGGAAGAAGAAGAAGAGGGAGUACGUACCCCAGAAGAGGUCUGGGGGUCACGCUGUACUGCUCACACUUUACAGACAGUCGCAGAUCCCGGGCAGCAAAGGUUACAUGUUUAAGAUGGAGCUACAAACAGAAGCUCAGCAACUCUGCGAUAAAUCUUUCACUGUUCCGGAUCUAGGCAGUAAGUACACGGCCUGGUCGUCGGUGAGCACUCUGAUUCAGAAGAACUUCGUGAUAAAGACCCACAACCCUGCAAGGUAUUCUCUGACAGAAGAUGGUCUGGCUUUGGCGGAGCGACUGGAGUCGGUAGAACCAGGGACUAAAGACAGCCUGGAGGGGGACAGAGAGGAGGCUCGAAGUGAGACAGAGGUGGACGAGGAGGGAGAGGACGGUGGUCCCGAGCUUGUGGACCUUACUGCUAGUGAUGAUGACGAAGAAGAGAAGGAAGAAAACAGAAUACACACUACAGAGAGGCCGACCUGCGUUGCCGAGCCAAGGAGUGAAGUUGAUGUGAUGAGUUUUCCAGGAAAACCCCAGAAUGCACAGCCAACGAGCAGAAAGCCGAACGCAGGAUGUCUUCUACCUGGAGCUUACGAGAUUAUACUCUGUGUUGACUUCAUUGAGACAACCGGCGGCAGCAGCCACCGCAAGCAGGAGCUGGUCAAAGAGCUUCAGAGAAACGGAGUCAACUUCGACAUCAGGAAGCUAAACGUCGGAGACUUCCUGUGGGUCGCUCGAGAAAAGGUCGCACCUGUUCCAGGUCAGCUGCGUGCCCCUGAAGGCAGGGAGCUCGUCCUCGAUUACAUCAUCGAGAGGAAGAGGAUGGACGACCUGUGUGGCAGCAUCAUCGAUGGACGCUUCAGGGAACAGAAGUUUCGCCUGAAGAGGUGUGGUCUUCGUAGGCCGUGCUAUCUCGUAGAGGAGUGUGGGUCGGCGGCCUCCCACCUGAGUUUACCUGAAACUACCCUGCAGCAGGCCAUCGUCAACACACAGGUAGUUGAUGGCUUCUUUGUGAAGAGAGUCCAGGAUGUGAGGGAGUCAGCGGCCUACCUCACCGUCAUGACACGAUACCUGAUUAAACUGUAUCAGAACUGUACGCUGAUCUGUCGCUCCAGAGAGCUGGAGGGUGAUGGAGGGAGUGAUGAAGAGGAGGAGAGCGGGACCCCCUCCUGCUCUCUCAUUUCUUUUGCAGAGUUCAACUAUGGUGCCAUCAAAAACAAGUGUCAGACAGUGAAGGAGGUGUUUGCCAGACAGUUGAUGCAGGUCAGCGGUUUGUCUGGAGACAAGGCAGCUGCUAUACUGGAGCAAUACAGCACUCCUCACAGUCUCCUGACAGCCUAUGAUCGGUGUGCAGGUGAAGCACAGAAAGAGAAACUCCUCUCUUCCAUCCGCUAUGGGAAGCUCAAAAGGAACCUGGGUCCAGCUCUGAGCAGAACGGUUUAUCAGCUGUACUGUACUCAAGGAGCUCUGUCAUAGAGACACACUCACCGGUCAACACUACUUCAGUCAUUCACACAUUUACCGUCUCAAAGACGAAACUCAAACUUACCUCGUAAUGUGAAAACAUUUAGUCAUUCAUUUUCACUUCCUGCUUAACUUGAAUGUAAUUAACUUGAACACAUGUUUAUGUAAAUAUAAAGAUGCUAUAUUUUUUCAUUAAUGUAACAUAAUGCUACUUGUAUGAAGAAUUUCACAAAUGUAUCCUCGUACUGCAUCAAUAAAGAUUAUUGUAAGAAAGG